UCAAUUCCAGCAGCCUCGGCUCGAUCGAAGCGAGAACGAACAGUCAUGAAUACAUCAACUCGCAUUCUCCUGGUGCUCUUCGUAGCCUAUGCCACGGUCUUCGUGCUCGCUGCGGGAAACACUCCUUUCGAUCGAGCCAUAGGCGUUUGCAUCAGAAACUGUGCCCAGUGCAAGAAAAUGUUCGGACCGUACUUCCUGGGCCAGAAAUGCGCCGAUUCCUGCGUGAAGUACAAAGGAAAGCUCAUCCCCGACUGCGAGGAUGAGGUUUCGAUUCAACCGUUCCUCCAGGCUCUCGAUAGCGAAUAUUGAAACUCAAACGUUAAAGUUCCUGCAUCACUUAAUCGCGUUCAAUGUACACUUAACACGUGGCAAAAGUAUGUAUCGCCUGAAUUUUUUCUUUUUUGUGAAGAACAGAUACUUAGAUUGAUCGACGAUGGUUGUGUUUAAACAAUUUUUCGUCUCGACACGAAAAGACGUUAGAUUUUAUUUAUAGGAGACAAACUACUCGUCGUUGAUAUUAAUCGAAACACUUUGAUCUCAUUGCAAAUGCAACUUGUAGUUUAAUUGUUCCAAGAAUAUUAUACGAUAAAUUGCGAAUGGAAGAAUAUUUAUUGUAUUAUAUAAUCUGCUUCUCGAACGUUGUAUCAUCGAAUACUCUAAGUCAGUGUUUCCCAAAUUAUUUAAUUAGCCAGGUGUUUGAAAACUAGUUAAGUUUUUCAGACAGGGAAACAGUACAAUUAUAGCUUGAAAUUAAAACUAAGUACUCAAAGUAUAAAACGAAUGUUGCGUUUAAAAGAAAAUGAAGCGAAAGUAGACAACAAAUGCUCGAUUGCACAUUGUACUGUUGUCGAGUGGGUAACAACAAGCCAACCGAGUAACAUGCAAAUAUUAUAAAC